GUACCAUUGCACUACAGUAACGAGAGCGCGAUAGUGCGUGCUAUCGACUUCUGUCGCCAGAUCGUCUUUCCCGCGUUUCGCGACAUACGACACGUCCCUUAUCGACAACGCUUCUGGAGUUGUUCAGAGACAGCGAGAUAUCUAUCUUUCUCUACUCCACGCAUCUCGGAUGCGUAUGCGAAAUCGGAGAGCGAACUGCGGAAAUGAGAUAUUAUCAGUUUUUUUUUGUGCCUCGGUAGGAAACAAAAGAAAUGAAAGUAAGUUCCCAGUCUAAUUUCUAGAUCCCGAGUCUCGGUUCAGUUGAACACGGAGCGCCGUCUCACGCGAGUGUCGGUGUGCGUGGCUGUCGUCCAGGGCCGGCUGCGGCGAUCAGCGAGCAGAACAGGUCCGCAAGGCAGCGGCGACCGAGCUCCAGUGCCGCCAACGUGAAGGAUUCCUCGUGCAGAGCAUUACCAACCCAAGCUCAUCUCAGCAUUCAACUAGAGGUGUAAAAGUAACGAAAAAAAAAGCGUACCCGUUAGUUAUGGGAAAGGAAAAGGACUAUUACAAAGUGUUGGAACUUUCGAAAGAUGCUUCAGACGAUGAAAUAAAGAAGGCGUAUCGUAGGCUGGCUUUAAAGUACCACCCAGACAAGAACAAAUCUCCCGAUGCGGAGGACAAGUUCAAGGACGUGGCGGAGGCAUACGAAGUAUUGAUCGACAAAAAGAAGCGGGACAUUUACCAUCAGUCCAGUGAUAAGGGGCUGGGGAGAGAUACCCAUGUGGGUGGCAGGUACACUGACGGCUCGUAUACCUCUUACACCUCUUGCAUCUUCCACAGGAAUCCAUGUGCUACCUUCGGGGAGAGUUUUUGCACAUGCAAUCCAUUUCAGAAUGUCUUUUACAUGUGCGAUUCGUUCGCGAUGGCGAGCAACCUGCAAAGGGCCAAGGAAAAAAUGCAGGAUCCGACGAUUAAGCGCGACCUGUAUGUGGAUCUAGAGAACAUCCUGCAUGGCUGCACCAAGAAGAUGAAGGUCUAUUGGCACGUGCUACAGCCAGAUGGAUCGGCCCGCAAGGAGGAAAAGGAGUUGACGAUCAACGUGCAACCAGGGUGGAAGGCUGGCACCAAGAUCUUAUUCGAGCGCGAGGAGGACCCGGACAGCAUCAAGAUACCUGUCGACAUCGUCUUCAUCAUCCGCGACAAGGCACACCCCAUGUUCAAGAGGGAGGGCAGUGACCUUCGCUACACCGCCCGCAUAUCCCUCAAGCAGGCGCUGUGCGGCACUCUGAUAGAAGUACCGACGCUGAGUGGGGAGAAGAUCCCACUGAACCUGCGACAUGAAGUGAUCAAGCCCACCACUGUGAAGAGGAUCCAGGGCCAAGGGCUGCCCUACCCAAAGGAGCCCAGCAAGCGGGGGGACCUCCUGGCAUCCUUCGACAUCAAGUUCCCUGAUACAGUUUCGAAAAGUGCCCAGGACAUACUGUGCAAUAUGUUACCAAAAUAAUUGCUUCAUUUCAUUCUCGCUAUUUGCAUAUUCACAUUAUUGAAAAUUUUCAAAAUUGAUUUUUUUAUUUGUGUGUAAUAUUUUUAUUAUUUACUAAUGUGAAAGAUUUUAUUCUACAGAUAUUUUGAAAUAUGUGUAUGUUAAUUAUCGCUACUGCCACUUCUAUUAUAAUAGUUUAUUUGUCAGCAGAGUGGGCUGUAGUGAUUUUUUUCCUUUAUGUAUAGGGGUGAUAUAG